CGCGAGCACCAGUCAGAAAAAAGCACCGGUCGGAAGCAAAGGCCAAACACCUACUACGUCAGUCAAGACGAGAAGCAAGUGCCAGAGCCAACCAGCCUCAGCGCGCACGCGCGUGCGUGUGUGGUGGUGGGAAGUUCGCAGCUUGGCUGUGGGGCUACAGCAGCGGCAGCGAUGGCGGCGUCCGUGGCCACCUCCCCGGCCUGCACCCGGCUCAUCCCCAGCAGUCCCCUCUCCGCCUCGGCUUACACGGCCGCGCCGUCCCUCGUUCGCCUGGCGGGGUCCUCCAGGCGCCUCCGCCGGGCCCUGCGCGUCUCGGCCGCGGCGGAGCCGGCCGACGCGCUGCCGGGGCCCGGGGCCGGCGAUCUGGACGGGGUGGUGCCGGCGGGGCUGCUCGAGGAGCUGCCGGAGGGCCUCGCCUUCCAGGGCGACGUGGGCGGGGGGUUCGCCCCCGGCGGCAGCGGCGGCGGCGGCGACGACGGCAACAAGAUGCUCGACCGCGGCAUCAACGCCGCCAUCGUGCUCGGCGCCAGCACCUGCGCGCUCACCAAGCUCCUCACCGUCGACCAGGACUACUGGCAUGGGUGGACUAUCUUUGAGAUCCUGCGGUACAUGCCGGAGCACAACUGGUCGGCGUACGAGGAGGCCCUCAAGGCCAACCCGGUUCUUGCCAAGAUGAUGAUCAGUGGCGUCGUCUAUUCCCUCGGCGACUGGAUAGCCCAGUGUUACGAAGGGAAGCCCAUCUUCGAGUUUGACCGCACUCGUAUGUUCAGGUCUGGCCUCGUAGGGUUCACCCUCCAUGGAUCCCUUUCGCACUACUACUACCAUUUCUGCGAGUCGUUGUUCCCGUUCAAGGAUUGGUGGGCUGUGCCUGUCAAGGUUGCGUUUGAUCAGACGGCUUGGUCUGCGCUGUGGAACAGCAUCUACUUCGUCGCCCUGGGCUUCCUUCGCUGGGAAUCUCCGUCCACCAUAUACAAAGAGCUCAAGGCCACCUUCUUCCCCAUGCUUACUGCUGGGUGGAAACUGUGGCCAUUUGCACACUUAAUCACAUACGGUGUGGUUCCUAUCGAACAAAGACUUCUCUGGGUUGACUCUGUCGAAUUAAUCUGGGUCACUAUCUUGUCAACUUACUCGAACGAGAAAUCUGAAGCAAGGAUCUUAGACGAUUCCUCCACAACAGACACGCAGGACAACAACUCCAGAUAGCACAUACUUCAUGGUUUUGCUGUUUUAUAGAUUGAAACAGCAGAAACUGCUCCGGCUUCGUUACGUUGGGAUUGUAUAAAUUGUAUGUACAGUUAGUUGCAAGCGCUGCGUGUGUAAAAAAAAUCCUUGCAUCUAUUGCAAGCAAAUUGUGCUGGCCAAACAGAACCGAAAAAGAAAUUGUCUCAAGGGAGAUCAACUCCUGAUGAAAUAUGAGUUGUGCAGCAACCA